AUGACCAGCAACCCUGGUCCCAACAUCCCACACCAGCCUGCAGUGGAUAUUGAACACCCUCAAGAGUUCAAAACGGAAUUUCACCCUCGUAGUGGCCGUGAAACGCUCUAUCAAAGGUUCGAGGAGUUCAGCGUCACCCCAGAGACACAAGUGCCUCCUGUAGAUGAAGUACCUUGGCGCCCAUUCCAAUCGCGUGGAGAUUUCAAGUUCUCUGAAAUCGUGCUUGAUGCUGCUCUCAACAAGGGUCAGGUCGACAGGCUUCUCAGUCUUAUUGCUCGCAUAGUGCAGGGUGACACUCAGGUAACACUGAAAAAUGAGGCCGACCUUUGCACAGCAUUAGAUAAUGCUGCGGCUGAGUUGAUGCCGUUUACCAAGCAUGAAAUCAAGGUACUGUACAAGAAGGAGCAACAAGUUUUUGAGGUACACGCGAGGCCGUUAUGGGACUGGGCCCUUGACCUUUUGGAUAACCCACUACUCGCACCGCAUUUUGUUUGGGAUGCGCAGCACGUCUACAAACACAAUGACACGGACUUUGAGUGCUUUUUCAAUGAACUGUGGACAGGUGAUCAGUGGUGUGAAAUCCAAUCCCGUCUUCCGUCAAACCUUGACAAUACUGCCCCCUUUUGCUUCAUACUGUAUGCAGACAAGACUAAGCUGUCUUCGCAUGGCACUGUGAAAGGAUAUCCGGUCAUGGCUCGCUGUGCGAAUUUACCCGGGAUUGGCGGUGGUCGGGUUGUUGGUUGGCUACCAAUUAUUGACGAAGAAGCGUCCGAACACGGGAAACCAGGAUACAUCAACCUUAAGCGUGUCAUAUGGCAUGAAGCAUUCGCCAAGCUUCUCGUCAACCUUGAGCAAUAUUCAAAGACUGGAUAUUUGUAUAUGUGCUACAACAAAAUAAUGCGCUGGUUAUUCCCUGUAAUACUAAUACUUUCUGCAGACUACGAAGAACAUGUGCAAUGCAAGUGCCCGUGCCCCGUGUGCCUCGUACCACAUGAAGAACUUUCUGACUUGUCCAAGACAUUUGCAAUCAGGUCUGCAAAAGAUGUGCAGGCUGCACUUGAUGUUUACAGAUGCAGCAAAACUCAAGGCGAGGAGCUUUUAAAGGCACUAGGAUUACGUGCAGUCACUAACAUCCUCUGGCUUAUCGAGCACUCUGACCCUCAUGAUGCAAUGAGCAUUGACAGGUUGCAUACAGUGCAUGGCGGUAUGGGAGGGAAGCAUUUGUUGGGCGAGUUAAAGAUAAUCCUUGGUGAUGUCAGACAUGAAGCCCUAGCGGCAGUUGAGAAAUUAUAUGCUUGGCUAACUAUUGUAAAGCAAGUGUUCUACGCAGCGCUCCCUGUUUUGACACACAGAGCUAGUCCAGAAGGCUAUCGCCUUCUUCAGCGAACACUUGCAAUGUUAGAUGCUGAAUUCCUUGUCUUUGAUGCUGCUCUCAAGGACUAUGUGGAAUACGCUAUGACUUCCUCUGUUGAAGGUCUCAAGACAGACUGGAACUUCCCAAAGACACAUCUUUGGACUCACGCACGGUGGGAUAUCAUAAGGAAAGGUGUGGCAUGUAAUUUUAGUACACGCCCUAAUGAGAAGCUCCAUGGCCCCCUGAAAGCGGCCUAUCUUUUUCACUCAAACGGAAAAGAUGUUGCUAAACAGAUCCUUCGACAUGUGGACACACUUGAUGAACAGUGUUGCCUGCAGGCCUUGGGUGAUGCCGCAGAUGGUGAUGACAUUGGCCACAUCGCCUUCGAUGGACACAUCAAGCUCAGUUCUCCUCAAAAUUGCUCUACUAUCCAGGAUAUUGAGAUGAGGCUGGGCAUCCAAGAUCGAGCGUUUCAAGGCUUCCACAGGAAAUUUUCUGAUUUCGUCAACACAUUGCUGCCAACUUAUGGGUACCAGUUGACAAGAUGGGUGACCAUUCUGGCUGAUUUCCAGAUCUACGAGCAUCGCUACCUCAAGGUCAAUUAUGAGAAUACUGUUGACUGGAGGCAGUCAACAUACCACCUCUGGUGCAAUCCGUCAUUCCAUGGACACCCACGCUUUGACUGUGCACUCAUACAGCUUACCACAGAAAGGGCCAUCUUUGUUCGGCUCAUACUAAUGUUUAAAUGCGAAAUUCCAGAUGUCGGCGCUUUCCAAUUCACACUUGUUCAGCCUUAUACUGCUGGCAUUGUUGGUGGUUCUCGCAGGAUCGACCAAGACCUGAGGCUUACUCAGGUCAAAGCUGUUCCGAGAGCUGAUUUGAUUAUCGUCCCACUCAAGUCCUUCAUUCGAGGAGCCCUUUUGUCCCCCGAUCCUCAACACCAAGGUGAGUAUUUGGUUGUCGAGCAUGUUGAUAGUGACAUGUUCCUCCAUAUGAAGGUGUGGGCACGUUGA